AAAACAACAUUUUGCUAUUUGCUGGCAUUUGGUGCGGUAGCGACACCUAUUUCUUACGGCUAUUCAAAAUGCUGGCAGAAAAAAACUAUCUACAUAUAUCCACAAAGACGCAAGAACUGAUCUUGAACAAUCUGAUUCUUGCUAGCAUAUGUAUCACAGCCGUUUUCAUUCGGUUCUUUUCUAUAACCGAAUAUGAAGUCAUCAUACAUGAGUAUGACCCGUGGUUUAAUUUUCGGUCUACGCAAUUGCUGGCCCUGCCCCCUUUGGGCAAGUCAAUCAUUGAUUCGAUAUACAACUUUUACGAAUGGUUCGACAUAUACAGCUGGUACCCUCUGGGAAGGUUGGUCGGCCAAACUAUUUUUCCAGGGCUCAUGUUCACCAGCUCCGUAAUUUACUGGAUCUUUCGAGCGUUGGACCUCGAGGUCUCUAUCCAAGAAAUAUGCGUGCUGAUUCCUGCUUUCUUUGCGUGUUUGACUUGUUUGUCUUGCUAUUGGCUCACGCUGCAAACUGUUGGACGAAAGUCCACUGCGCUUCUUGCUGCGUUUCUGGCUGGAAUCAUCCCGGGGUACAUGUCCAGAUCUAUAGCUGGAUCCUACGACAAUGAGUGCAUAUCUAUUUUCAUCCUUGUGUUCACGCUAACUCUAUGGGUCUAUGCCCUCAAUAAUGGAUCUACACUUUGGGCAACCGCGUGCGCUCUCUCGUUCUUCUACAUGGCAUCCUCGUGGGGUGGAUAUAUCUUCAUCAUCAAUUUGAUUCCGCUUCACACCUUCAUAUUAAUUUUAUUUGGUCGUUACUCUCAGCGCCUCUAUACUGCGUAUUCUACCUUCUAUGUCUUGGGGACGAUCCUUUCUAUGCAGGUGAGAUUCAUAAGUAUCAAGCCCAUUAUAUCCCCAGAUCAUCUGCCAUCUCUUGGUGUCUUUGGAUUCCUUCAAAUUUAUGCUUUCGUUGUUUAUCUCAAAUUCGUCCUGAAUCACGAGACGUUCCAAAAGGCAGUGCGGCUCAUCAUCUUUUCGUGCGCACUCAUCUUCUGCGCUCUGCUAGUCACCCUCUACGUCACCGGAUCCGCCUCCUUAAUUGGAGAUCGCUUCUACACCUUCUUCAACCCUUCGCACGCCAGGGAAAAUAAGCCCAUUGUUGCCUCUGUCUCGGAACACCAAGCCAGUACUUGGUCCUCGUACUUCAUAGAUCUUCAUUACCUCACCGUCUUUACACUGGUCGGUCUAUACUAUCUCUUUCAAAACAUCACCGAAACCAAAAUUUUUGUCACCCUCUACACGUUGGUCUGUGUCUAUCUGUCUGCCAACAUGGUUCGAGUCAUACUCAUCUUGUCUCCGAUUGUGUGCGUAGUCGCCUCCAUUGGCAUCUCGGGUAUCCUCAGAACGCACAUAAGCCGCUUGAUCACUUCAGAUUCUAGUGUCACACAGAGCAAAAAAAAAGCAAAGCACUAUCCAGUCCGACGUCAAAAAAUUGUCCACGUCAUGUCCGUCGGCCUAGUCCUUCUCUGCAUGUUCCUCUUCAUCCGACACUCCAUCUCCAUAACCGCUUACGGCUACUCGUCUCCAUCCCUUAUUCUAAAAAUGCGCCCCAUGUCGUACUCCAACAUGUACCUGGAUGACUAUCGCGAAGCGUACACCUGGCUCAGAUUCAACACCCCCCAAAAUGCUCGAAUCAUGAGCUGGUGGGACUACGGAUACCAAAUAUCAGGCAUGGGAAACCGCACCGUCAUCAUCGACAACAGCACUUGGAACAACACCCACAUCGCCGAAGUCGCUCUCGCCAUGGUCAGUCCGGAAGAAGAGGCCAUCAAAAUUGCUCGCAAGCUCGAUGCCGAUUACGUUUUGGUCGUUUUCGGGGGCGCCGUCGGCUACUCGUCAGACGAUAUCAGCAAAUACCUAUGGAUGGUCAAAAUAAGCGCAUCGGUUCACAAGCAUGUCAUUGAAGAUGAAUACUACGCUUACAACAGACAAAACCUAGUGGGAAGCAAAGCGCCCGUAAAGCUCAGGAACUCACUCGCCUACAAGCUCUGCUACUACCGAUACUCAAACAAACUCACCAACAAGAAGGGAAUGGAUCAUGUCCGCAAAGCAAUUAUCGAUGAAGAUAUCGAACUGAAAUAUUUUGAAGAAGCCUACACUACCAAAAAUUGGGUCAUUCGCAUCUAUAAAGUAAAAAGCGAGGAAAACCUGGGAGAACCUGAUUUGUAAAUCUACACAAAAAUAAACCAUUAUUUUUAGAGAUAUGUAUGGCUUUUUUUUUAUGCUGACAUCUUCUCCACCGACA